GCUUCCAAAGCCAUCGCCUCCAAAAACACCUCUCUAUAUGUACCUCACCGAUCUACACCAUCUCCUCCAAAAAUCUCUUACCAUAAAGACUAUCCAGCAAUUGUUCUAUUCUAGUACACUAGACAGCUAGGUGUGUUGUCCAGAUGGGUGAGGUGGUUGAGGUGAAGUUGAGCCCGGUGCAGCCCUCCGGACCUCCAGUGGUGUCGGUUCCUCCGUUUCAGCUCCAUUCUCCGUCCAUGACUCGGUCGCCGCUGAUCGGUGGGGUCCCGAAAAGCCCAUUAACUUCACGGAUUCUGACUCCAUUGGCGAGCCCCAUGAAGAAGGCGAUUGCAAGCAUGCAAGGGUUCUUGGAAGAAGUUGGCCACCUCACCAAGCUUGACCCGCAAGAUGCAUGGCUUCCCAUCACUGAGUCGAGAGAUGGUAAUGCGUACUACUCGGCGUUUCACUCGCUGAGUUCCGGGAUUGGAGUCCAAGCCCUUGUGCUUCCCUUGGCUUUCACUACACUUGGCUGGAUCUGGGGAAUUCUUUGUCUGUCGCUGGCUUUUGGAUGGCAGCUCUAUACUCUAUGGUUGUUGAUCCAGUUGCACGAGUCGGCUUCCGGAACACGGUACAGCAGAUACCUCCGACUUUCCAUGGCUGCUUUUGGUGAAAAGCUGGGGAAGCUGCUGGCACUAUUUCCAACCAUGUAUCUAUCAGGAGGCACCUGCGUCACUCUCGUGAUUAUCGGUGGAGGGACCAUGAAAAUAUUUUUCCAAAUAGUCUGUGACUCCAACUGUAAUGUGAACCCGCUGACAACCAUAGAGUGGUACAUCGUCUUCACCUGCUCCGCCGUCAUCCUCGCUCAGCUUCCAAACUUGAACUCCAUCGCCGGCAUCUCACUCAUCGGUUCAAUCUCGGCCGUCACCUAUUGCACUGUGAUAUGGGUGGUGUCCGUUACCAAAGACAGGCCACAUGGCGUGUCUUAUGACCCAGUGAAGCCCACAUCGGAUGUGGCUAGGCUCUGCGGCAUCCUGAAUGCGCUUGGGAUAAUCGCAUUUGCCUUCAGAGGCCACAACCUUGUGCUCGAAAUACAGGGGACGAUGCCAUCAAGCGCAAAGCAUCCGUCACGGAAGCCAAUGUGGAGUGGCGUCAAGUUCGCUUAUUUAAUCAUAGCGAUGAGCUUGUUUCCACUUGCAGUAGGAGGCUAUUGGGCUUAUGGAAACUUGAUAAAAGAAGAUGGGAUGUUCGCGGCAUUGUACAACUACCAUGGACACGACACAUCAAGAAUUAUUCUGGGUUUAACAAGCCUGCUCAUCGUGAUCAACAGCCUGACCUCGUUCCAGAUAUAUGCAAUGCCAGCAUUCGACAACCUGGAGUUUAGGUAUAUUAGCAGCAGAAACCAACCGUGCCCAUGGUGGCUCCGCUCAGGGUUCCGGGCCUUCUUUGGAUGCCUUGUUUUCUUCAUAGCUGUGGCGCUUCCGUUCUUGCCAAGUUUGGCAGGACUGAUCGGAGGGGUUGCAUUACCAGUCACUUUCGCAUAUCCUUGUUUCAUGUGGAUACAGAUUAAACAACCCCAGAAAUAUAGUGUAAUCUGGUACCUUAAUUGGGGACUGGGAUGCAUGGGGAUGGUUUUAAGUGUCCUCUUGGUCACCGGAGCAGUAUGGAGCAUCGUGACCAUGGGCAUUGAAAUCCACUUCUUCAAGCCCAAGUAGUACAAGCAAAAAGACCAUGAAUCUCUGAUCUGAACCUGGGCUCCGGAUAUAUAUAUAUAUAUAUAUAUUUGAAGCAACUGACCAGUGUAUUCCUUGGCAAGGGCCAAAGCAUAGCCACGGAGGUGAAGGAGACAGCAGUAGCAAGAAAGGUUUGAUGUCUGAGACCAGCCUACGCAAAUUGGCUUAAUUGAAAUGUGUUUGUACAUCAACAUCUAAUAUUAAAAUGUUUGCUAAAUAAA